GGACAGUAAACAGGAAGUAGAACUCCACCGGGGACGGCCGUCCGGGUGAAAAAGACCAGGGUUUUAGCGGAUCUUUACCACUCCAGCCGCUGCGUGCGGGCGCUUUGAGUGCGUCCGUGUUUUGCCUCCCUCGUCCGUUCCUGCUGCAGUUGGAGAUAUUUUAUCCUGAUCCAGCGCCUGCCUUUCUACAAAAUUGUCACCAGAACCAUGGCCGAAUACUCCUUUGUGAAGUCCACCAAACUCGUGCUCAAGGGAACCAAGGCCAAGAGUAAGAAGAAAAAGAGCAAAGAGAAGAAGAGGAAAAGAGAGGAUGAUGAAGAAACCCAACUUGAUAUUGUUGGAAUCUGGUGGACAGUAACAAACUUUGGUGAAAUUUCAGGAACCAUAGCAAUUGAGAUGGAUAAAGGAACCUACAUACACGCACUUGACAACGGACUUUUUACCCUGGGAGCCCCACACAAGGAAGUUGACGAGGGCCCCAGUCCUCCAGAGCAGUUCACAGCCGUCAAGUUGUCCGAUUCCAGAAUUGCCCUGAAGUCUGGCUAUGGGAAAUACCUCGGCAUAAAUUCAGACGGACUCGUUGUGGGGCGUUCGGAUGCAAUUGGACCAAGAGAACAAUGGGAGCCAGUCUUUCAAGACGGGAAAAUGGCUUUACUGGCCUCCAAUAGCUGCUUUAUCAGAUGCAAUGAAGCAGGUGAUAUAGAAGCAAAGAGUAAAACAGCAGGAGAAGAAGAAAUGAUCAAGAUUAGAUCCUGUGCUGAAAGAGAAACUAAGAAAAAAGAUGAUAUUCCAGAAGAAGACAAAGGAAAUGUUAAACAGUGUGAAAUCAAUUACGUAAAGAAAUUUCAGAGUUUCCAAGACCACAAACUUAAAAUAAGUAAAGAAGACAGUAAAAUUCUUAAAAAAGCCCGGAAAGAUGGAUUUUUGCAUGAAACACUUCUGGACAGGAGAGCGAAAUUGAAAGCCGAUAGAUACUGCAAAUGACCAAGAUUUUGCCUCUGCCUUCUCUUGUUUUUUUCUGAAUAAAAUAACCAGUGCAUUUACAGA